AUGGAGACCAUACGAGACACCGCAUUUGGAAAGCUGGUGCGCGUCUUCAGUCGCCAGCGAUGGAUGCAAUACCCAGAAGAGCAAGAUAUGUCAAUCUGGCCCGAGUAUCUCAAAGAAGAGACCCAGAAGAAAGAGGAAGGGGACCACCCGACACCGGAUGAGAGCCCCGAGGACCUCGAGAGCUAUGGUCUCUAUACAGUUACUUCACAGGCCACAAAUAGGUCUAGGCGGCUAUCUUCGUCGACAUUGCGGGACAGUGGUCAAGGGCUGGUGAUUAGUUGGCGUGGGCAGAACGAUCCUGAGAACCCGCAAAAUUGGAGUGUCAAGAAGAAGACUUUGGUCAGCUCUCAAAUUUGGCUGCUCACCUUUGCCAUCUAUAUCGGCUCUGCGAUCUAUACGCCAGGGAUUCCCGGCGUUUCAGAAGAGUUCGGUGUAAGCAGGGUAGCUGCCACACUGGGGUUGACCCUCUUCGUCCUUGGUUAUGGACUCGGACCUAUGAUUUGGUCGCCCCUCUCGGAAAUUCCAAUGAUUGGUCGAAGCCCGACCUAUGUGCUGACACUUUUCGUGUUCGUUUUUUUCAAUUUCGGCGUGAUCUACGCAACGAACUUCGGGAUGUUUCUGGCCUUCCGUUUCCUAACCGGAUUCAUUGGCUCUCCUGCGUUGGCAACAGGUGCCGCAUCUAUGGGUGAUUUGUGGAGUCCCAAGGUCCGUGACUACAUGAUAGGUAUUUGGGGCAUGUUUGCUAUCUCCGCGCCUGUCCUGGGUCCCUUGGUGGGUGGCUUUGCCUCUUCUGCGAAGGGUUGGACGUGGACCAUUUGGCAGCUACUCUGGGUCUCCGCGUUCGUCUUUGUUGUGCUGUUCUUCUUCCUCCCUGAGACGUUUGCCCCGAAUAUCCUAGCCCGGCGAGCUCGUCGGGUUCGCCGCAUUACCAAAAACUCCAACUAUAUGUCCGAGUCGGAAUGGGAGAUCAAAGAAAUUAACUCUAGAGACGUCCUCUUUGAAGCCCUAGUUCGACCAUUCCAACUCUGCUUUAUGGAACCAAUUGUCCUUUUCCUCAAUCUAUAUAUCUCUUUGAUCUAUGGAAUCCUAUACAUAUGGUUCGAAGCCUUUCCUAUUGUCUUCGAGGAAAUUCACGGCUUUAACCCAGGUCAAGGCGGCCUCGCCUUUAUGGGAAUUCUCAUCUCAACAAUAUUCAUCACCAUCCCCGCAUACUUCUACUGGAAAUACCGAUGGCAAUCGCGCCACUUUGAUAAAGAUGGCAACAUCUCACCGGAGCAACAAAUACCGCCAGCUAACCAGAAGAACCUGAUCAUUGAACUCAACCUUGUGGAAUUAUCGACAGGAUGA